CUGCACUUUUAAAGACCGACUUACCAAAGGGAAGUUCUGAUCUACUCUUCAAUAAAUCAUGUAAGUUACAGUGAACAUUUGUUGUUUUUUUUAAAGUUUCAAUCAACAUUUUGUGUGAUUUCCAUUGUACAGUUUUUGUUUUUUCUUUAAGCAUUAGAUGACUAUUUGUGUGAGUGUUUCUAAGGUUAGUGUGACCCCAUUAUUGUUAAAAAAGAUCUACUUCUAGAAAAUGUAAUUUUUUUUAAAAAAAUGGAACGAAGUCUCUACUACAUUCUUUGGGAUUUUUUUUAUCUUCGACCCCCGUAGAAGUGCUCUAUGCUCACAUUCACAGACCAUUUUUAAUUUUUAAAUUGAAUACAUUUAUAGCGAUUGUGUCUAUGUUAAUUUAAAAUGCUUACAGUGCUCCAAUGUCCUAAAAUCUAUUUAAAGAAAAAAGUCCUUAAAUGUUUCUUAAUUAAUAUUUGAUCGUUUUCAAUUCCCCUCAAAGAUUGAGGCAAACUGUCCCAUAAUUUAGGCGCUGUAGCUUCAAAGGAGGGCACAUCGCAUGCUUUAUUCUAUGUCCAUCCACACUGGGAACCCUCAGUAAAGACUGUGUUGAAGAUGGCAGGUUCUGUAAGGAUAUCUUUUUAGAAAUCAGCUUUUGAAGAUAUUCAGGUGCAGAAAGUUCUAUACAAUUGUACGCCAGGGACAGAAUUUUUUGGUCAAUGCCCUCACUCAUAGGAAGCCAAUCGAAAUCUUUAAGAACUUGGUUGACGUGGACAGAUUUCUUGAUUCACGACACAAUGUGUGCUGCAGUAUUCUGUACCUUCUGGAGUCUCUGAAUUUGGUUUUGAGGUAAACCCCACUAACAACAGUUGAUUGGAUUGGAGUGACUGCUACGGCAUUGGCUGCUCUUUUAUUUAGUUGACGACGCAGCUGACCUACGGCGCAAAGAUGACAGAAACAAGCCCUGACCACAGAACUGUUAUGAAGUAUCAUUGUAAGUUUACAGUCAGUGUAGAAGCCCAGAUCUCUGACAGUGUUGGACAAGGGGAUCCAUGAUUUCACCAGAAGACAACAGUCCUCGACAGCCUGGACAGCAGCAGCACAGUCCAAAAGGAUCAGGGCGGAAACACUUGUACAGUCCUGUGUCAUACGCAAAUAAUUUGCGAGAUAUACCACGACUUUCAGUAAUUCUGCCCAUUCGGCUAGUGUACAGGGAGAACAGAAUAGGUCCUGAAACUGAGCCCUGUGGCUUGCCGCAGGUAAGUAAAGUGUCCAUGGGAGAUGCUUGUUGCACUACAAUGCGCUGAGUCCUGUCAAGCAGAUAAGAAGAAAACCAGCGAAGUGUAGUUCCUGAGAUGUCCGUCUAAUUCAGAAGUCUUGACGGAAGAAGCUCAUGGUCAAUCACAUACAAAUCAUCUCUGAGGUCCAACAGGACUAAUAGCAUCAGAGCGUACGGUCAGCACUGAGGACCAACUGGAACAAUAGAUCACAGCGGUCAGCACUACAAAGAACAUCAUUCAUGACACGGAGUAGUGCCCUCACAUUGCUGUGUCCAGGUUGAUAUACAGAUAUAACUUACCAAGCAGGUCAUAAGUGUUAAGAUGCUGCAUAAGCUGCUGUGACAGAACUCUCUCAAGAAUUUUAGGUACAAAGGGCAGGUUGGAGACCGGGCGAAAAUUCUUGCAGUCAUUUGGUCCAGGCCACUUUAUUUAAGAAGAAGCGUAAUCACCGCCGCUUUAAAGAGACGUGGGACCGUGGCAGGCUGAAGGCUACUACUCACAAUGUUUGGGACCGUGGCAGGCUGAAGGCUACUACUCACAAUGUUUGGGACCGUGGCAGGCUGAAGGCUACUACUCACAAUGUUUGGGACCGUGGCAGGCUGAAGGCUACUACUCACAAUGUUUGGGACCGUGGCAGGCUGAAGGCUACUACUCACAAUGUUUGGGACCGUGGCAGGCUGAAGGCUACUACUCACAAUGUUUGGGACCGUGGCAGGCUGAAGGCUACUACUCACAAUGUUUGGGACCGUGGCAGGCUGAAGGCUACUACUCACAAUGUUUGGGACCGUGGCAGGCUGAAGGCUACUACUCACAAUGUUUGGGACCGUGGCAGGCUGAAGGCUACUACUCACAAUGUUAACCAGAACAGGAAGCAAGACAUUCAGACAGUCCAAAACAAUCUUGGGUGGGAUGGGGUCAACAAAAGAAGAUGUAGGUUUAGAUGACAUGAUGAUAUCCUUCAAUAACCCAUACUCCCAUCCCCUGUACUCCUUCAGUCAUCAUUGUGACCUAAUAGCUAUUUAGGCAUGUGCCCUUCUGCCUACACAUUCUUAUUCAAAAGAUUAUUUGAAAAAAUCAAUCACUGUUGACAAAAAUAACGUCCACUUGGACAGCUAUCCCAUGACCCUCUAGCUUCCUCCCUUCGUAUUGGUAUCUGGCUGACGUAUUUGUUCAGCUCAUCAGAUAGCGUUGGCGGACACAUGUUGUGAUGUGACAAUGUGAUACCGGUCUUAUAUAGAUGGUACCAGUGUUAUAUAGAUGAUACUAGUGUUAUAUAGAUGAUACCAGUGUUAUAUAGAUGAUACUAGUGUUAUAUUUAUGAUACCGGUGUUAUAUAUAAUAAUAUCACUGUUAUAUAAAUGAUACCACUGUUAUAUUGAUGAUAACAGUGUUAUAUAGAUGAUACCAGUGUUAUAUAGAUGAUACCAGUGUUAUAUUUAUGAUUCUAGUGUUAUAUAGAUAAUACCACUGUUAUAUUAGAUCACAAUUGUUAUAUAGAUGAUACCAGUGUUAUAUGGAUGAUACCAAUGUUAUAUAGAUGAUACCAGUGUUAUAUAGAUGAUACCAUUGUUAUAUAGAUAAUACCAGUGUUAUGUAGAUUAUAAGAGUGUUAAUAUAGAUUUUUAAAAAUCAGCUAGAUAAAUUUUCGACCAAUCGAGAAAGUUUGGCGAAAUGUCCUUAUCGUCGUUGUCAUAGUUUAAAUGACAAGUUUUAUGCUAUGUGUCAUCUCAGGGAAAAUGUCAGUUUUUGUCAAGACUUAUUUCAAUCAGAUGUCAUCUUUGUCAAGAGGAAUUUCGAAGAAUCGUUGUCUCGGCUCUCGACCAACUGAACACUGAGCACUGACCACUGAGCACUGACCACUGAGCACUCACCAUUGAGCACUGACCACUGAGCACUCACCACUGAGCACUGAGCUCUGACCACUGACCACUCACCACUCAGUGGUCAGUGCUGAGUGGUGACCACUGUUGGCUUACUGGUGACAUUUCUAAUGAAAUAAUAAGAUUGGUUUUGACUUCCCACAAUCAGUAUCAGAACUUUGAGCUGUCACAAACCAUGAAAUACAGGCGGCUUUUGGGUUGUCGCAAACCAUGAAAUACAGGCGGCUUUUGGGUUGUCACAAACCAUGAAAUACAGGCGGCUUUUGGGUUGUCACAAACCAUGAAAUACAGGCGGCUUUUGGGUUGUCGCAAACCAUGAAAUACAGGUGGCUUUUGGGUUGUCACAAACCAUGAAAUACAGGCGGCUUUUGGGUUGUCGCAAACCAUGAAAUACAGGCGGCUUUUGGGUUGUCGCAAACCAUGAAAUACAGGCGGCUUUUGGGUUGUCGCAAACCAUGAAAUACAGGCGGCUUUUGGGUUGUCGCAAACCAUGAAAUACAGGCGGCUUUUGGGUUGUCGCAAACCAUGAAAUACAGGCGGCUUUUGGGUUGUCGCAAACCAUGAAAUACAGGCGGCUUUUGGGUUGUCGCAAACCAUGAAAGACAAACAGCAAUUGAGCUGUCACAAAUCAUCGAACCUAAACAGCAUCCACAUAGCAGCAAACUAAACAGCAUCCACAUUUUAACAAACAUAAUCACCAUAAGUAUUUGAACAGCAUCCACCACGGAUGCAAACUGAUCCAUAUGUAAGCAAACAUAUCCACGUGUAAACAAACAGCGCCCACAUAUAUUGAAAAAAUAUCCGUAUAUUAUGAUCAAACAGCCUAAAAAAAUCUUUAAAAUGCAUCCGCAUAUCAUACACAAACAGAAUCCACAUAUCAUACAGAAACUGAAUCCACAUAUAUACCAAUGACUACAUGUGUUAUUUGAACCAGGGCUGCUACCCAACCAAGUUCUGAACAGAAACAAACUGCCGCAUCGAAAGACCAAGAUCCUAAAAAUGACCCAGACAAAACUGUUGGGUUUUUCAGUCCUAAAAUGUUCCCGAAGCUCGCUCAGUUAACUGACAGGUAAGAUGUAACUAUGUCCCAUAUGCAUUUAUAAUUGAUUGACUUCUAGCCAUAGUGAAAUAAGUUGUAAAUAGCACUGAUAUACAUUUUUAAUCAUAUACUAAGCCUAUCAAAAUUCCUUUUUUUUUAAAACAUUCAUUUUAUAUAUAACAUUUUAAAAAGAUUUCCCCGUGCGUGAAGUUCGGUUUAAAUUCUCUUUGAUGUAUCUUGUUUACAACUGACGGCCGAUUGCAUAUUGGUUAGUAUGCCUACUUGUGUCUUAUCGAAGGUUCUCAAUUUGUUCUGGAAAAGUAAAGGCGUUUCUUAGCGCGUCGGUAGACCCACAAAUAUACAUGAUUGACAGGCACAGAGGGUCGGAGAUUCGAUGAGAUUCACAUAGAAAUUAUUAACUUUACGAGACGUGUAUUAUUCUUUGUGUUCUUAUAUAUGUGUUUAUUCGCAUUCUUCAUUAAUCAUUAUUCAUUGGCACAUUGUACUAACUGUGUUAACUGUGUACCGGUACAAGAUCUACCAUACUGUAAGUUGAUGAUUUGUAAUUAUAUUUCUUUUGCUUAUAAUUGUAUUAUUACUGAAUUAAAUCUUAUUAAUUGUAAUUGGUACUGUUUUGGGUGUCGUACUUGUGUUAUUGUAUUUCUAUAUGGUAUUGCCCUUUGUUAGGCACUGUUACAACGAGCCAAUAACUUUAAAAAAGAGAUUAAUUUCUCACAAGAGAAGACAAUGCGUAACAAUUCACAUAAAAAGUGACAUUUUUAAUGAAGAAAACCAAAAUCUCACACAACAUAUAAAUUACUGUAUGUCCAAAAUUAUUUUAUUGUUGAAAUCAAAGAUUCGGCAACACAUUUUUCUUCGGCAAUGCUGGUGACUACUGGCACAUACCAUUUCCCAUUGGAGCAGACAAUGACUACAGAACGCAUGCGCGAAAUAUCAGGGACAUGGAAAUCAGGCCUGAUGACGUGCUGAUCUGCUCUUUUCCCAAAACAGGUGAGGAUAUAUGAACAGGUGAGCGUAUGAACAGGUGGGAGUAUGAAAAGUUAGGCGUAUGACCAGGUAGGCAUAUGAACAGGUAGGCGUAUGCACUGUGAACGUAUGAACAGGUAGGCGUAUGAACAGUGAGCAUAUGAACAGGUGGGCGUAUGAACAGGUGAGCGUGUGAAAUUAAAUUUCUCAGAUUGUUGAAAUUGAAUACCGCUAACUUCUGACCCGAAUUCUCGUCACCGUAGAGUUACUGGACUUUGCAAUGCCCUUGAUGGUCCAACUACAAUUCACGCAGAUAUGCCCAUGAAACAAAGGCACUAAAUAAUGUAUACGACGUUUAACUAAAAGGCCACCCAAAAAUAAGUCCCCCUUACGCUCCGCCCUUUUCUUACGCCCGUGGCAGGUCUUCAAGCGUAUAUUUGAUGGAAUCUGCUUCAAUGCACCCUCUGAUUCAGACAGUUCACCCAUUCCAUAUUUCAAUGUGCGGUACAUUGGAAUGUGAAGCUGCGGUAUAUUGGAAUGUGAAGAUGUUUGGCCUGAAUAUUUAAAAAAAAACUCCAAAUAUGUCUACAAAAAAUUUGAGUGGGAUAUUUCAAAUCCAUUUUUAAGCAUUUUUUAAUUCUUCGUGAUAUUUUUUUUAAUUUUUAUGUUUAACAUAUUUGAAGAAAAUUCCUAUUGUCCUACAGCGCUGAUGUGUGGUAGGCAGCCUGGUUAAUCGACCAGAAUCGUGUUAAGAGAAAGGGGUAUUUUGGUGCCCCCCCCCAUCCGGAUAAUAAACAUAUAUUUAUACAUUUAUUUUGCAUAAAUAAAACUUUUUGGCGCGUACCCAGUUCAGCUCCGCCAUCAAAAGUUUUUUUUGAUUCUAUCUAAAGUUCAAGUAUAUUCCUUACACUUAAAGCCUUACAAGUAGUAUUCCACUUCUCCUUUAUUUUUCACUUUCAUUUUUACCCCACUCCCUUUUCAUCCCACUCCCUUUUCAUCCCAUUGCCUCUUUACCCAACUCCCUAUAUGCGCCUUGACUCUUUACCCCACUCCCUGUUUACCCCACUCCCUAUUUACCCCACUCCCUAUUUAAUCCAUUCCCUAUAUAACAUCACUCCCUCUUUAAAGCACUCCCUCUUUACAGCACUCCCUCUGUACAGCACUCCCUCUUUACCCCGCUCCCUCUUUACCCCACUCCUUAUUUACACAGCUCCCUGUUUAUAACCACUCCCACUUUGCCACCCUCCCUAUUUACCCUACUCCCUCUUCACACCACCCCUUAUUUCUGCCUAUUUUCUCUAACGCCCAGGACUGCACUGGCACGUCGAGAUAAUGCACAUGUUGAAGGAGAAGAAAGUCCAGUUCACAGAUCGCACCAGGGGCAACAUGCUGGACUCUUUCCUUGAUGCCAAGGCCAUCACAUCCUUUGAGAGCCUCCCUUCGCCUAGGACGUUGGUGACGCACGUGCCGUUCAGGUGUGGACUGUGGACUCACCCCAUUUGGGAAGUCCCUUCACUAUUUACGUGUCUUUGAAAAAAAAAAAUUAAAUUGAUAAAUAAUCAGUUAGAUCAAUACAACAUAUAUAAUAAUAAGUUGUCAACGGUUCCCUGUCAGCGUACCAGACAUUUUUACAAAUCACGGAAAGCGAAUUAUUGAAAUCUCAACAACAUUGAUCACUUUAAUUACUUAAUUUUUAGACUAGAUCUCUUCUUCUCUUCUUCUAUAUUUUGAGAGCCCUCGGUCAAUGGGUUGAUCAUGCUGACUCCUAUCAUUUGUAUAUCAGAUCUUAUUUAUUUCUAAUUUUUUUUUAAUCAAUUCACAUUUAUAUAGAUCUAGCUUGAAUGUAAAUAUUAAAUUAAGAAUUUCAGUUUAAACCUUUUCAUUACGAAACAUUUUAUGGAGUACUAGCAACCACUACCGCCAUCCCCAUACACAAACAUCAACAAAAACAUAAGCAACCAUAAAAACAAAUAAUACGCGUCACCAAUCCAGUCACAAUUAUUUUCUGGUUCUGUCACAAUUAUUUUCGCGUUCUGUCACAAUCUUUUUCUGGUUCUGUUGCAAAUAUUUUCUGGUUCUGUCACAAUUAUUUUCUGUUUCUGUCACAAAAUAUUUUCUGUUUCUGUAACAAUUAUUUUUUUUCUGUCACGAAUAUAUUCUGGUUCUGUCACAAUUCAAAAUAUCAUACUUACAUCUCACUGAAACUUCUGCCCAGGAGAGCAGCUCAGUUACUCCUUUUCGUACUGUUUAGUUUUAUUUUGAUUGAGAUUUUACAUGGACACAACCACCAGGUACAUUCCAAGACAAGCCUUGGAGAAGAAGAUCAAAAUUGUCUACCUUGACAGGAACCCCAAAGAUGUUCUGGUAUCCUUCUACAGCCAAAUGAACAACCAUGUUGCCCCAUUUAACUACCCGGGGACUUUUGAACAUUUCUUCCACCUGUCAUUGGAAGUUGGCUGUGAGUUUGGUGUCUCUUCUAAGUUCAGAUUCUAUUCUAAAUAU